GGUGGCGGCGGAGGAGGAGCGCGCGAGCGGACUGGAUCGCCAUCGCUUCUUCCGUGCGGAGAAGGGUCCGGCCGGCAAGAUGGAGAGUGUGUUGUAUCGGCAGCUACCCCAGCAGACAGCCACGCUCCUGAACAUACAGCCUCAAGGGUCAAAGGAAGCCGAGGCCUUUGUGAAAGCCUUCCUAAAGCGCAGCAUGCCUCGGAAGAGCGAUGAAGACAUCCAGGACCACUUAACCCGAAAAGCGGUUGUCCUUGAACACCUGCACAAGAGGAGGAGAAGGCAGAAGAAGAGGAAAGGCAAGGGGUUCUCUGCCAAGCAGAGGAGAGAGAUGAAGCUCUUUGACAUUAAACCAGAGCACCAGAGGUACGAGAUCUUUGUGCCGUUACAUGAGCUGUGGGAGCAGUACAUCAGAGAACUCUGCAACGGGCUCAAGCCAGAAGCGCAGCCACAGAUGAUUCAGGCCAAAUUGCUGAAAGCUGAUCUUCACGGAGCUCUCAUUACAGUGACUAAAUCGAAAUGUCCCUCCUAUGUCGGCAUCACAGGCAUUGUCCUACAGGAAAUGAAAUACGUUUUCAAAAUUAUCACAAGAGAAGACAAGAUGAAAGUCAUCCCGAAGCUCAACAACGUCUUCAGCCUGGAGAUUGAUGGCUUCAUCUCCUACAUCUACGGGAGCAAGAUUCAGUUCCGAGCCAGCGAGCGUUCUGCAAAGAAGUUCAAAGGAAGAGGAACAAUUGACCUGUGAACCAUUUUUCUUUCUUUCUGGAAAUGGGAGCCGCUGAUGUUGUUGUUUCCAAUGGAUGGAUAGACUAUACCUAGCAGUUGUGCAUCCUGAGACUUGAGUGCAUGUAAAGGAACAAUCCUUGUUGUUUUAAACAAGAGGAUGUGAGAAAUGCAUCCACAUAAAUGAAUGUUCCCGCUGUGUUU